UGAUUGACAGUUUGUUAGUGGCUCUUCAAGGAAGUGCACGUUCAUUUGUAUUUUAAAAUUAAACUGUAUAAAUUUUCUUGUGUAUUUAAAUAAUGCGUAUAUAUCAAUCGGCUGAGAAAAAAAAUUAAAGUGUUGUGAAACGUGUCAAUAAAAAUGAAUAACGGCCAAAAAAAGAAGGAAAUACGAGUAUGGUGUGAUGGAUGCUAUGAUAUGGUACAUUUUGGACAUGCAAAUUCACUCCGGCAAGCAAAGGCCCUUGGUGAUGUAUUAAUAGUCGGUGUACACACUGAUGAAGAAAUUGCAAAGCAUAAGGGGCCACCCGUGUUUACUCAAGAAGAACGAUAUAAAAUGGUCAAGGCUAUCAAAUGGGUAGACCAAGUUGUCGAGGGUGCGCCAUAUGUGACUACAUUAGAGACUUUGGACAAAUAUCAGUGUGAUUUUUGUGUACACGGAGAUGAUAUAACGGUCACAGCGGAUGGAAUUGACACAUACCAUUUAGUAAAAGAAGCCGGUAAAUACAGGGAAGUAUCAAGAACAGCAGGUGUCUCAACAACAGAUCUAGUUGGCAGGAUGUUACUACUCACCAGAGAACAUUUCAAAGGUGACAAGGAAUAUUCAGUUGCUCUGGAGCAUUCUUCUAAUCUUGGCACCGACUCUACAGCCAGGUCCCCCUAUACAGGAUGUUCUCAGUUCCUGCCGACGACACAGAAAAUUAUACAGUUUAGUAGUGGGUUGUCACCGAAGCCAACUGACAGAGUGGUGUACGUCGCUGGCGCUUUCGAUCUGUUUCAUGUCGGCCAUCUUGAUUUCCUGGCGGCCGCACAUAAGCAGGGCGACUUCCUCAUCGUGGGCCUCCAUACUGACCUCGAAGUCAACCGCUACAAGGGCUCCAACUACCCCAUCAUGAAUCUCCACGAGAGAGUGCUAUCUGUACUCGCGUGUAAGUAUGUGCACGAAGUAGUGAUUGGCGCCCCGUACAGCGUGACCGCUGACCUAAUGGACCACUUUAAGGUGGAUGUGGUUUGUCACGGCAUGACGCAGAUUGCGCCAGGUGUGAAUGUAACUGACCCCUACCUGGUACCCAAGGAGAGGAACUGCUUUAAGAUUUUGGAUUCCGGCAACACAAUGACAACAGAAGACAUUGUGCAAAGAAUAAUAAGACACCGUUUGGAGUUUGAAGAGCGUAAUAAUAAGAAAGAAAAGAAAGAACUGGCCGCCGUUAAGGCGAUCGCGAAGAAAUCAGUUAAACAAAAUGGCGACUGUAAGAUAACACAACAGGAACCCAUAAAAUCGCAUUAAUACUAUCUGAAUAUGAGAUGCCGGUUGCUUUACUAGUGAAAUUAAAAUAAAUUAAUUGUAUAUCAGAAAAGUUGUAUUUGAAGCUGUGAAAACAAUAGUUGGUAAAGUUUAUUUUUUAAUAUAUCACUUUUGGCGCGCUAUUUUGAUCAUUUUGACAUAUAUAGUGACGUGACAAUUAUGUCAAAUUACUAUCAAGUAGAAUUAAUACAUUGCCAUAUUUAUAUAGAUAAUAGGAUUUUUUUUAAAUUAUUAAGCGCGCCGCAUGAAUAUAUAUAUCCCUAAUAGAUGUAUAGAAGAAAAUUAUUUGCAGGUGCAUUUUAAUUUAUGUACAAUAGAUGUAAUGUUUCCUAUCCAGCUGUUAAGUAAAUAUGAAUGUGUGAGAGAGAUAAAGCGAUUGUUCAGCUAUUGGUUGUCUCUUUCUAGUACUCGGAUUGGCCCACGCUGGCGUGAGCGAAUGAUUUCUUCCAAAGUUCCAGUGCCUCUCCAACUAGCUGGCUGUGAUCUCUACAAUUCACCCGAUAUGUUGCGCGGUUUUAAAACGACUUCUUUCCCUCGUCCAACAGUUCUUCUUCCCAUCAAAGGCAACCUUUGAUAUUUUUUAUUGAAUCACAGCUGAUACUAGAAGUUCUUAUAAAAUAUGUCCCCUAUGUGUCUGUGUGAGUGGAAAAUGUGAUAAACACAGAGAUCCACCUUGUUGAUCUUCCAUAAAACUGAUUAAAUUACCACCCUCGAGACUUGGAAAAUAUAUUAAUUUAAAAAAAUCUGUCAAGUCCUUGAUCUUUGAAGAUGAAGGGAUAGAAGAGGCAACCUACUUGCUGCACGGCCACUUUGUAUGUUAUUACAUUCUCUGUGUAUAUGGUGUUAAUUGUUUACUUAUGUACCAAAGAUGAUAUAAUAGUGAUCAUUGUUUUGUAUGUGAUAUUUAAAUUAAUGGCAUUAUUUUUUAACUUAUAUUCCAAGAAGAUUGUUGUUUGGCGCACUAUUUACACAAUUAUAUUUGUACACAUAUUAUUAAAAUUUAUUUAUUCCAUUGUUUAUUACGAGAUAUUUAUUUUUUUCUAUCAGAUUUAUUGCAUUUAAUUGGGGAUUUGGGAGUGAAUAAGGAAGAUAAUUCAUAAAUAUAAUUUAAGUACUUAAAGGAAUUAGUUACUCCGAAGUUGAGUUUUCAUUUAAAAAUUUCGGUGACGUCACAAUACAUGAUAAUCUUCCCACGGCAAAUGGCGCUGUUUCUAUUAGCUAAAAUUCCGUACUUACAGUCUUAUUAUUGAAUUAAAUCUUUUAUAUAUAUAUUAUAAUGUAAUAAUGGAAAUAAAAUGUGGUAAUGGUGGUUGUUAGAAAUAUAUUUAAUCCGUAUUUUAUAUAAUAUAUUCCCUUUUAAAUGUGAAUUCAUAAUCCAAUUACAAGAUUAUAACGCGCUUUUUUUAAUAAGCUGCUGUGAUUUUUAUUGGGUAUUUAUGCCCUUUUGCCUAGAAAGUUUUUGUAAAUACAAUAUUGUAACACUGUAUAUUGUAUAUAUAAUUUUAUUCAGUUUGCUUUUUAUUCAAUACUAAUCAUCACAAUCAUUCUUAUUUAUAUUAUACUUAUUAUGUAGAUUGUGAAUUUAUUUAGGUAUAAUUUUAAAUUGAAUAUCUUAAAAUUGUAUCAACUAAUUAAAUUCUU